AUGAAGUUGGAACGACAGGAAGAAACACCAGAAAUUGUGCAUCCAACCGAUGAAUCAGAAUCGACCGAGGAAAUGAGGAAAUUGAGGAAGCAAACAAUUGUGGACGAAUCAAAGGAGCAAAAAACUGAAUCCGAUGAUAUCCUUAUAGAGAAGGAGAGGAAGAUAAUUAGUGAAAUAGGUAGAGAUCGACAACCAAUGAAAGGGGAAAAGAGAGGAAAACUGAGUGAAUCGAAGGGAAAAGGUUGCUUUGAUAAUUUUGUUUUGCUAACUUGA